AUGGCGGACAAUUUGUCAUUUCGACUCGCUACAUUGCAAGAUUUCGACGAGGUUCAGGAAAUAUCCAAGGGUAUAUACAAAGGACAUGAUUAUCUACCGUUCAAGUAUCAUCACUGGCUUAAACAGGAAAACGUCAUGGUUAUGGUUGCUAUUAAAGAUGGCAAAAUAAUCGGUUUGGAGGCUAAGGUUGUUGUAGAUAAUGGUAAGACGGCCGUGAGUAGGGCAAGAAGAAUUCACCCAGACUUCCGAGGUCGCAGCUAUGGAAAACACCUGUCCGAAGCUCUGGGAAAUCACGUACGGCAGAUUUUUCCGAACAUUACCCGACAACGAUUGACCACUUCGUUUCAGCGAGAUACUUCUCGUACUGAUUACAGAGAGGUGCUGGUACAACACAUCCUGGGGUCCGACAUAGACAAAUGUCAGCUCAAAAAUCUUCCAAAAAGCGAACGCAAACUACAACUGUGCACUCGAGAAUACUUCGCUGAAGUAAUUUUGUCUCCCACUGUCGUCAAGAACUUGUUUCCGAGCAAAACGCUCGUUCUCGAGUGGUUUCCUUUUCAGGCUGAAGAAACCAACAUUGAUUUUAUACUCAAGGAUGGCGACCAACUGUUUGUUGACGAAUGCAUCGACGAUCAUUUACCGAUUUCUUUCAGUCACGGGCGAAUUACCCCCACCUCGGAGUUUAUUCUUUGGAGUUGCAGCAUUUUCACACAAGAUCCCGAGUUAUUUCAGGCUCAUUUGCUACAACAAGUCCAAACAGCUGCUCGGUUCAUUCAUGGAAAUUUUAGAUUUGUUUCAUUUCAACAGGAAGCUAUGGUUGACAAAGGAAAAGAACUACUGUUUGAACGAGCAAAAUUGACAGAAUGUGAAUAUUUUGUGAAAAGCGAGACCUCUAUGAUAUUGUACGAAAAAGAUUGGUAA